AUGGCACCAAGUUUGCGCUCUCUGUCUCGCCAAGAACGGUUUUGCAUUGACUCGAUGAACAACCUCAUUAGCCUAGUUAGCACAUACGAUGAGCAAAGGGACAAAGCCUUCCUCGAUGGAUGGAUGCAGCGAUUGGAAAAGGUGUUUGCUGAUUUCCAAUCUAUUCGCUUACAAUUGGAACUGCGUGAGGAUCAAGAAGAGUUUACGGAUGCAUCUGAAACCGUCUCGCUGAAUGAAGAUGCAAAUAGGAAGGCUCGAGAUGACUUCGAGCGUAACUACAUGAAGGUGUAUGGGUUUAUCGUCUCCAAACUUCGUAAACCCGAACCCACUCCGUCUUCCUCGAAUGUCGUUGUGCACGCUGGUACACCAGCGGAUACAUCCUUUGCUCGGAUAAGGUUGCCCGAGCAAUGCCCGUCCAGCUGCUGUCGAGUGUGCGGACAGAAGAACCACACAAUGUUGCACCAGAAUACCACACUUCGCUCGUCGGAUGGUGAUCCGAUCCCAAAGUCAACACCAACGUCGUCUCCUGCUCCUCCUCCUCCAAAUCAGCCUCCGUUCACUCGAAGUACUACAGCUCAGCCUCAAUCCUCCUCGUCGCAGCCUCCUCCCCCGUCGCCGAACGCUCUUGCUCCGUCCACUAGUGGCCCGUCGACCAGCUACAUGCCAACGGCCCUCGUCGGAAGUGUUCGAACCGUUCCUUUGACCGUUUUGCUGCAAACUGCGAUGGUGAAGAUCGCUGAUGUCUAUGGAUACGCCAUUUGGGCUCGUGCUUUGCUGGACCCAGCGUCGCAGAUCAACUUGAUGACUGUGGAGCUGUCGCAGAAACUGAAGCUUCGUCGUGUCAAAACCCACCAGGAAAUCGGCGGCGUUGGAAAUGCUACUGUCGUUUCAUCAUACUCUGUUGAUGCAAGAAUCGAGUCCCAUUGUUCCAGUUUCGUCGCAGAUUUCUCGUUCCAUGUACUGCCUGGAAUUACUCGGGAGCUACCGGCCAAGGCGUUGAAUACGCAAGAAUGGAACAUUCCCGCAAACAUCGUUCUGGCAGAUCCUACCUUCCAUCAACCUGGUCCCAUUGACAUGAUACUAGGGAUGGAAGUCUACUACGAGCUCGUCGAAGAAGGUCUGGUUCGUCUUGGACCCGAUCUACCAGUGCUGCAGAAAACGGUUCUCGGAUGGGUCGUAUCUGGCAAAGUUGGUUCAUCACCGUCCCCGAGAGUCAGCUAUGCCCACGUUUGCAGUAUCAGUUCCCUCGAAGACCAGUUGACGCGCUUCUGGGAGCUUGAAUCGUGUCAAUCCAGCAGCAAUCUUUCCGUCGAAGAGACUCUUUGUAAAGCACACUUCUCUGCCACCACCGUUCGCGACGAAACCGGACGUUUUGUAGUUCAACUUCCGAAAAGAUCAGCAGUCCUCUCAACCCUCGGCGAUUCUAAGGAAAUUGCCACCCGUCGUUUCCUCGCUUUGGAGCGUCGCUUGAACGCCAAUCCGCAGCUGAAGCAGGCGUAUUCGGACUUCAUCGAAGAGUACCAUCGACUGGGUCAUAUGGAAGACGUAACCGACUCGGAAGACCUGGAGACCAACGCUCUUUCGUAUUAUCUGCCCCACCACUGCGUCUUACGACCUGACAGUCUGACUACCAAGCUUCGGGUAGUAUUUGAUGCCUCGUGCGCCACUAGCACAGGAGUGUCCCUCAACGACGGACUGAUGGUGGGCCCUGUCGUCCAAGAUGACCUGGUGUCCAUCACCUUGCGGUUCCGGAUGUCCCGGUACGCGAUAGUGUCGGACAUAGAGAAAAUGUACCGGCAAAUAUUGGUUUUUUUCGUCCGAUCGUUACCUGCAGAAGAUCCUCUGGCGGAAUUCUCCGUCGGAACCGAUGCGCACCUACCAACUGUCGACCGUUACGAACUCGCAAAAGUAGGAGAAACUACUCAUAAACAAGCUGCCAAAGCAGUUUCCAAGGACUUCUACAUGGAUGACCUUCUAACCGGCGUAACCGAAGUAGCUGAAGGACGGCAGCUCUGCAGUCAGCUGCUGGAUCUUCUUCAAUCAGCCGGACUCUGCCUUCGGAAGUGGUCAUCAAAUUGCCCUACACUUCUCGAACACCUUCCGUCCGAGCUACGCGACGAAAGAACAGUACUCGAUCUGGAAGCCUCCGCUCCGAUCAAAACGCUUGGAUUAAAAUGGCAGACAAGCGCCGACGAAUUCCUCUUCGACGUUCCCGAUUGGAACUCGUCUUCGAUCAUCACCAAACGGAUCGCCCUCUCGGACGCAGCAAAGCUGUUCGAUCCGCUAGGACUCGUCGGGCCGGUAAUAGUCCAAGCCAAAAUCUAUCUGCAGGAUGUCUGGAGAAGUCAGAAGGGAUGGGACGAACCCCUGGACGACGAGUUGCAACAGCGAUGGCACGAAUUCCGGGAAAACCUUCUUGCUCUUCGGAAUCUCUCUGUUCCGCGAUGGGUCGCGCCUUUCGUCAACCCAGCAUCGACUCAAAUCCACGGAUUCUGCGAUGCCUCGUUGAAGGCCUAUGGGGCCUGCCUAUACAUACGCGUUACAGCCGACGACGGGACGAUCAGCGUGAACCUCCUUACCGCAAAAUCGAAAGUGGCUCCUCUGGCGGAUUCUCGGAAGCAGAAACGAGUCUGCUUACCUCGUCUGGAACUCUCGGCGGCGUUGCUGCUCGCCCAUCUGUUUCAGAAGGUACAAACCGCCAUCAAUCUCGAAGCUCAAACGUUCUUUUGGUCAGAUUCCACCAUCGUCCUCCAUUGGCUAUCCGCUACUCCAUCUCGGUGGAAAACCUUCGUUGCCAACCGGGUUUUGGAGGUCCAACACGCAACCGUUGGUGGACUGUGGGCUCAUGUUCCUGGGUGUGAAAAUCCAGCGGACAUCAUUUCUCGGGGAAUGGACCCCGAGCAACUGAAGACCACCAACUCGUGGUGGCACGGCCCAGACUGGUUGUCAAAAUCAUCACGCUUCUGGCCUGCUUUUGUCCACACGUCCAACGAAGACUUUCCCCCGGAGAACCUCGAAGAACGACAAGUUGCUCUCGCAGUCCAUACCAUUCCACCGAAUCCAAUCUUUGCUCUGCGUCAUCGUACGUUGCACUACUUCGAGUAG